AAUAUGAUUAUGUUAUGAAAAUGUAUAACAAAAGUAUUAUAAUUAUCAUCAUUGCAUAUGGUUUUUGUAGAUAUAGUACUUUUUCAGAUGGUAAUCGCCACUGCGAACCGACAUGUUUGUGGCGGCAACAGUCAUUUGCAGGUAUCAAUGCCAUCGGAACUAUUCCAGCCGAUAGAUGACGAUGAUCGCCUACGUGUUGUGAUAACAAACUGUAAAAAGAAAGCUGCGACUAUUAUUUCACUUACUACUGACCUCCUUGAAAUGUUUAUGGAAAGAAGAAUUCAUGUAUUGUAUGGUCUACAGCAUUUAAGAAAUUAUCCUCGUUGCAUGAAUUUUAUUCAAGUCGACAGUCUAGAUUAUAGAAACUCAUUAACCAUACACGACAAAUUAAAUAACCACUUCCACAUAAUGACUGAAAUGAUCUCCGUACUCCAACGGAUUGAGUUAGAUGAAAAAAUACAUCGUAGUACAUCAGCCAUUGCAGGAAAGAUUGAAGAAAUGUUUAAACCCUUCGGUGUAUUAAUUUGUGAAGUCUAUACCGCCAUUGGCUUAACCGGAAGGGACGUUCCUAACAGAACGAUGCCAAGUCCUGCAAUUCUUUGUUCUGUGAACUCUAGAAUAUCAAGACACCUUCGUGAUUAUAUUUUACUUGAUCGUAUGAGAAUUGUGUCUGCUUUUUUACAAGAUGAGUAUGAACGUCUGCUUCAACACGAACAGAUUGAAUAACAUAUAAAUCUUCAGACAUUAAGAUUUUAUGACAUUACAACGUUCUUUGGUAAAGAUAUAUCUAAU